CUUGUCGCCAUUAGAUAGCGCAUCGCCCGUACAGUAAUAUUUCACUGGUACAGAAUACUGCUUGAUAACAUUAGUACUCAGCCUCGGCCACUAGGUCAUCACCAGAUGACAGUGACCGUGAGCGGAAUAGCGCUUACUGAUUCAGAUCCUUCCCUGCCUCUACUUCACUGGUUCUACAAGCUCGGAGAAAGUCUUCAGUGCAUAAAUACCUAGCCGUAUUGCUGCUCGAUACAAGGACGUGAUUCAACUAUACCGACUGGACUGACCUCAACGCCUUGAUCAUUUCAAUCGACAUGCCCGAGUUCGUGUUCACUCCCGACGCUGUCCCACCUCUGCCUGCGUUCUCUCAAGCUACGAUAUCGCGCGGCUAUGUCUACGUCUCUGGCAACAUUGGCUGUACAAAGGAUUUCAAGAUCGUGGAAGGAGGCGUACAAGCUGAGAUCCGUGCCGCCCUAGAAAACAUGUCCAAAGUCCUGAAAGCCGCCGGAUCCGGACUCGAACAUGUCGUCAAAGCGAACCUCUACAUGCGAGAGAUGGACAGAGAUUUUGGCCCGAUGAACGAGAUUUACGUUGAGUUCUUUGCGAAAGACAAGAUGCCUGCACGAAGCUGUGUAGGCGUAAAGACUCUGCCACUCGGGGCUCUAGUCGAGAUCGAAUGCGUCGCUGAGAUACCAGGAGCGAUUUAAAAGUUGGUGAACGGCCUAGCAAGUUGGCGAUGAUGCUGGAGUGCGAGAAGGUCGACAAAGAGCCUGGUUGUAAGGUGGCGACUCAGAGAGAACUUGCAGAAAUUGUAUGUUUUACCAUGUCGCACUAACAGCAAGGUUUUUCUCC